CCAUGAUUGGUUCAUCCUCCAUGACGUCAUGGGGCGGUGUAUGUGUUAGCAACAUCAACAAAAGAAAAGCGAGAAAAGAGUACCGAGCGAUUGAAGGAAGACCGAAGAAAUACGUCGGCCAAGUACAACCGAUAUGUGGAUGUAAUUUGCCUUAAUAGUGACAAGACGAGACUGCCAGCUGAGACAUGGAUGCCUUCAAACUGAUGAAGGAGCUGCGGGCAAACUAUGAGUUGGAGGUUUAUUAUCUCCCCAAAGAGACAGGCCUGAGUCUCAUUGAGUCUAGUAAUCAGAAUGAUGGGCGGAUCUCAGCCAAGUGCAGAAAUGCCAAAGUGGAGGAUUUGUGGAGUCUGACCAGCUUCUUUGGCUACACCACACAGACCUUCGUCCUGGCCAUUAACUUGCUUGACAGAUUCUUGGCUAUGAUGAGGAUCCAACCGAAGCACUUGUCUUGUGUCAGCCUUAGCUGCCUCCACAUGGCCGCCAAAGCGACAGAGGAGGAGUGCAACCUCGCAUCCACCGACGAGCUCAUCCGCAUUGGACAGUGCCGCUUCAGCGUGUCCGACCUCGGCCGUAUGGAGAAGAUCAUCACAGAGAAGCUUGACUUCAAGUGCAAAUCUGUCACAGCUUUGACCUUUCUGCAGUUGUACCAUCAGAUUGCACUGUCUCACUCCACGGAGAGGAAGGAAACAUUGAGCCUGGAGAAGCUGGAGGCUCAACUCAAAGCCUGCCUGUGCCGGAUCGAUUUCUCCAAAGCUAAGCCGUCCGUCCUCGCCUUGUCCCUCCUGAGACAGCAGAUUGAAGCUAUUCAGUCGGUGGACAUGUUGGAAAUAGCCCAUCACAUCCAGAGACACCUAAAGAUUGCAGACAGUGAGCUCCUGUUGUGGCGCGAUCAAGUUGCUCAACGCUUGUCCGACUACGCCUCGCCAGAGUGCAGCAAACCCAAUCAUAGAAAACUGCAAUGGAUCGUGUCUCGCCGUACCGCUCAGAACCUACACAGCAGCUACCGCAGCGUACCUGAACUGCCCACCAUCCCCGAGUGCUGCUGGGAUGAAAGCGAGAGUGAGGACUCUUGUGAGGACAUGAUGAGUUCGGGCGAGGAGUCCCUCAGCAGCUCACUGGGCAGCGAUGGCGAAGGGCCGUUUUUUCCGGCACACCUCCACCACCAGCACAAACGCCGCCAAUACCUCAAUGCCUGACGCCUUUGUCACGUUACUGUGCCUCAUCCCCACCCCAAACAUUCACUUUUAAUUUAUUGUCUAAUAAGCUCCAGUACUGAAAGUAAAUUGCACAACAACUGGCUACUGAGCACGUCUAGAUUUUUAGUUAGUAGAUGUGUUGGUACAUGGUACAUUCCACGAUACACAGCAAUUGGUUGAAGACACUGGUUGGUUGGAGGACAAACACUGCAACCAGAUCAGAGCAAAAACGUGCCAGUCGUUGUCAGAAACUUUAAUUUACCGAAAUCUGGCAAGUAUAGAAAAUGUCGGCUGUUUAUAAUCAAAGAUGAAUAAGUUUACUCAUCCACAGAAGCUGAGGGCAGCCGCAGUUGCAAUUAUCUGGGCUUGAUCUAGUUGCUUACAUUUCAAGACUACUUUCAUUUUUAAUCAUACAUUUUAGAUAUUUCUAUUGGAUUACAAUAUUUGUGAACAUAAACCCCAAGAUGUGUUGACUCAUAAUAAUUUGAUAUUAUUGACUGAAUACUUUAGUGACUGCUACUGCCCUCACCUUUGGAGUUUGUUCAUUUGCACAGGAUGUCAUUUGUGUGUUGGAAGUAGUUUGUGUCCUUGUGAAAAACAGAUGUGACAUUUUUCUUGCAUUAACUCUCCUGAGGCCAUUUACUCAAAGCUCAGUAAAAAGCACUUAUUUUCCUUGGUCAAACACUGUUGACUAAUUUUGUAAGAAUUUAUGAUUUUAAAAUUGCCAAUUUUAGGAUGUAGCUUAUGGAUAGAAUGUCAUGUGGAACAAACUAUUGCUGAGUUCAAGUUGGGAAAAAAUGUACAAAAAUGCACAGAAAAAUGUAAAAUUGUAAAUGAUGUAAAAAAAAAAAAAAUUGUUCAUAGUUUGUAGAUACGUUAAUUUAUUCUUUUCUUCACAUGUACUGAAAAAAAUCUUAUAAAAAAAAGUUGUUUUUAAAA